AUGGCAGUUCCAAAAAAACGUACUUCUAUGUCAAAAAAACGUAUUCGUAGAAAUAUUUGGAAGAAAAAAGGAUAUUUAGCUGCAGUAAAAGCUUUUUCUUUAGCGAAAUCGGUUUCCACCGGGCAUUCAAAAAGUUUUUUUGUGCGACAAACAAAUAAUAAAGUCUUAGAAUAA